GCCAUCCACCUCUUUCCUGGCUCCCUUCCUUCCCCCAUCAUCCCCUUCUACCCAAAAGUGUGCAUCCUUUUCCGUGAAUAUUUCGAUCUCCUACCCACCACUUUUUGUGGAUCCCUAUUUUUGUGCAGCCAUCAUUGUUUUUGGGUGAGGAAGGAAAAAAAAAAGAAAAAAAGAGAGAGGAAGAGAGGAAGGAAGGAUUGUCUUUUCUUGGUGCACGUGUGGGAAUCAAAAGCGUCGCUUUUGCCUGUGCCCAUUAUUUAGCUUUGAGACCCGCUGCUAUACGGAUCAUCACGACAUCACCCCCACAUCAUUUCCCAACCACCGUCACUCUCCCAACUAGACACCUUAUCAUCUUGGGAACAAGCAGGAUAUCAUCCACACGGCAAAUACAUAGAUAUCGUCAUACUCAGUCAUAUUAUCAACUAUGUCAGCGGCUGUAGUCUCGAGACAGCAGCCGGGUAGUGCUGGCCACAGCACUGGAGGGACUUCGAACUCAAACCCACGUAUGGGAACCCAUUCUCCUGUUGAUAGCAAGAAGUCGAAUUCAAAGAGUGAAGAUAAACAAAGGCCUUCGUCAGAUCAGUCUAACAAUAACGGGAGAGAUACAGCGAAAAACUCGUCGAAAGUUGCCUCGCACACUUUAUCCCCUUUGUCGAAUUCGUCUUUGCCAGUUGCGAGCUCGAUACACCCGCCCCAAGUUGCCGUCGACCAGCCUCCGGAUGCCACAAAACCCUCUCCGCAGAACAACCAUGGUCCAGGCCCCUCCCGCUCGUUACCAAAUAAAAAGUUGUCCGGGGAUACACCAGGAGAUUAUUUCACCACCACCCAUACCCGACUCGAUCAGGAACCCAAUCCCUUCGAACAAUCGUUUGCAUCAACCUCGGACCCUCUCAGUACGCCCAAGACAAUUCUCCCACCUGUUACUGCGAUAACCUCUCCUGCUUCUUUGCUACCUGGUGGUUCGGGGGGAUCUGCGUUCAAUUGGGGUCUUAACUCGCUUCGAUCAGGGCCACUUUCCCCCGCCAUGCUGCAGGGCCCCGCUUCUGGCUCUAACGUUGGAUCAAGCAGCUCACUUGCUUUCGACACCCACAUCCGAACGGGGUUGACCCCCAACGAAUCCGGCAUUAGGAGUGGCUUGACUCCUGGGGGCUCCGGCUCUCUUUUUGCUCCAUCGUCAGCUGGUAGCGUGCUAUUCCAACAAUUUGGGGGAGGCGGGGCUACCCCAGGGACCAUGGAAUUCCAACGGACUGCUCUCUUAGCCGCCAGAAAAUCAUCUCAUCCCGCGCCAUCGUUGAUGUCUCCCCAACAGCAGCAUCAAUUGGACAACUACCAUGCGGCGGAUCCAGCGCACAACGCUGCCAAUGGCUUGUUUUUGUUGGCAAAUGCUCAGCACCAGCAGCAAGAGGCCGCAGGUGCCUCGGGUGCUGGCAUGAAUACCGGAUCCGCACUUAGCUAUCCCGGUGGCCCAGCAUCAUCGGGGGCUACCGCGAUCGAUGGUUCGAGGAUAAGCGAGAUUAGUGACGGCUUUGGAGGGUCAAGUGACGAAGAGAUGCAAAACACGGGUUCGCGGAGGAAUACUCGGCCGAAAAACCCCAAAGGCAAACAGUCUGCCGCUUCGUCUGGGCGCCGAAAAGCCGACGAUAGUCCUGGAGGAACUGGAAGGUCGCAGGCAAAGAAGGUCAAGGGCCCACAAGGUCAAUCGAUGUCUGUCAGUGGAGGUAGCGACGAUGGACAGGAUGACGGAAAGGAUGAGAAUGGCAAAGACACCAAAAAGAUGACAGACGAGGAGAAACGAAAGAAUUUCUUGGAGCGAAAUCGUGUUGCCGCUUUAAAAUGUCGCCAACGUAAGAAGCAAUGGCUUGCUAGCCUGCAAGCAAAGGUUGAGAUCUUUUCUAGUGAAAACGAUGCACUCACCGCCCAAGUUACUUCUCUUCGGGAAGAAAUCGUUUCGCUCAAGACGCUGCUCCUCGCACAUAAGGACUGCCCUGUCGCCCGAUCCAACGGGGGGAAUAUGGCCACACUGGACAUGAAUACAGGCAUGAACAAUGACUAUGGCCAUGUUCCAAUGAUGACCAGUCAUUAUGGCGGAAUGACUGGUAUGGGUGGCGGAGUCAUGGCACCUCCCGGCGCUGGACGAAGGUAUUCCUAGUGGAGGGCGACAACGAUUAACGACCGAAACGAUAUGAAUAUAAAAAGUUGUGUUUUACCUAGAUUCAUCAAAUUUGUGACCGCAAAUGGGUGGGAGAAAAGAGGGGCUAGCGUUCGAGCAGUAGAUCUUGGCCGAGGUUUUUGUUUUCUUUUAACCUGCUCCUUCGCCUCGUUUUUCGAAUGGAAGGUCACCGCGAUUGCUCCUUCCUGCCUUUCCUAAAGUGAGGGGGACCGUCAAGUUUUUUUCUUAUUCUCUUGCCUCUUUUUUUUUCCUUUUAAUUCAAUAGUACAUAGCUUUAGGGGAAAGGGUCAAGGAGGAAUCGUCUAUUUUUUUUCUUGAUAUUGGAGUUUUGGGGGGCAGGGUCCGAGCUAUUAUGAUAGUUCAGUUUUCUUUUUCCGCUCCGACGAACCAAACUGGCAAGCAAUCACACUUUGCACCUUCUCGAUCUUGCCCUUUCACCCUCCCUCCCUUCUUCCUUCUUUCUUUAUUUGAGAUAAUAGUGUGUAACUUUUCUUCCCUCCUCUCCUUCCCCCUUCCCCCUUCCUCCCCUGCUAUUCUUCUACUUACUUUUUGCUUAUUCGCUAUCCAUGGUUUCUGGGUCUGGAAUUCUCAUUGUUUUAAUUUCUUUUUGUAACUUGCGACCCUGUCUUGUGUUUUUUUUUUUGGUUAGUGUGUGUUUAUCUAUUAGUGAAUUGGUCGCCCCUGCUCCUUUUACUUCUUAUUGUACUCGUAUCUUACACAAAAUUAACUUUAGCUUACCUCUGCCUCUACGA